AAAAAAAAAAAAAAAAAAAAAGACGCUCAACAGGGCAGGACUAGGUAUAUUUAUAUUCCGUAACACCGGCCACCUUGGAAAACAUUCAGCUUUCCUAUCCAUUAACUCAGAAAUUGCACUUAUCCAUCUCCCACCAACUUUCCCGUGAUCGUAUCCGCGAAUACAUAAAUAUUUUAGGUUGGGUGAACAGCCUGUCAACCAACCGACGACGAGCCGGUGAGGCGGCCGAUACUGGGGAUGCUGACGGCGACGGGGGCGAUGGUGAGGGCGAUGCAGGUUUAAGUGAAUCAUUAUGUUUCCACGGCUGCCCCUCCCGCUACUCCUCAGCCUCAGAGUAGUUUUCUUCCCAAUAAUCUGCAAACAUCACUUCGUUUGAAUCGGGCCCCAGCAAGGAGUUAACCCCGAUGCUGAGAUUGGUCAGAGCUAUGAAUCUAUUCAAUGAUCUGAUAGAACUGGCAACUCUAAAAGGGCGCCUAGUUUCUACCCCUUCCAUAGCAGGUUCACGACUAGCCAUUGGGUUGGCAGAUGCAGGCCCUGACGACGCUGGAGUGGUAUCAUCAACUGUCAAGCCACUAUGGCAACCCAUUAUUGCGGGAUCUAUACAGUCCGAGGAUUUACUGGAGCAGACCAAAGCCCCAGCGCUAUACCUAAGCUCUCUUAGAGCUUUUGGCGGCGUAAGAAUCGGCACGAGGAGCUCCAAUGGAAUGUUGCAACGGGUGAGGUGGAUCUUUGAAACGUUUGAAUCAGUAGCUAUAGGCAUUGACGAGGGUCAUCUGGUGGCUGCGAGUAGUCGGCAACACAGGGUCGCCAGACAGUUAAAUCCUCAACACUCAUCGUCUCCAUGGACUAGAGUUGAUGGCAGCUUCCGAGAAAUUGCAAUAUGGCAUGCUCUGAGGUACGAGUCUGGAGAAACGUGCCGACAUGGCGCAGAUUCCGCAGACACCUGGUUUGCAUAGAGCCAUUGAUGAGGCGUAGGAUGUCCAUAACCGUACUUCCAGUUCUAUUGGAUAGUUUCAAGUUUGAGAUUCGGAAAGACCGCUGGGAAAAUCGUAGCGGCGGAGUGGUUAAAGCGUUUUUGCUGGAACCUCUUUUCUCGCUCCACGUAAAAAUAAAUAUCAAAAAUUGAAAGAUUGGUGAAAGGGCCAAAGAGCAAAAGAGCCCCCCCCGACUCUCCCCUGGGGCGCCAUGAUGAAACCUUUCAUCCGACAGAGACAGACUAUCUCGCAAGUCUCAAUUCCCCUUUAAAAC